AAUACACAUUGUGAGAGAUACAGAGAGAGAUCAUGGGUCCAUAAGUGGAGAGCUGAGAGCGACCACUACAUGUAGUGACAGUAAAAAAGAGAAGAUGAUAAGUUCGAAAUGCCAGAGAGACGCACGCACGAGCAUCGAAUAUACAAACAAACAAACAAAUAAAAGCCAGAGAGAAAUUCGACGCCAAAAAAAGAGAGAGCAUCCCCCCACACACGUUAUCAUUGUUGAUCGAUUUGUGCACAACUUCGCUUAUGGGUUAUCAGUUGAUUCUUCCUUGAACCUUCCACAAACGCUCAGCCAGACGAACGCCAAUGCACACCCUCGCUGCCAACGUCGUCGUCGAAGCUAAAACUAAAACUAAACAAAACAUAUAAAGACGGAUGAUGACGCGAGGCCCGGUGACCAAAUCCAUGUGAUUUGGGCUAAACAAAAGGCCAGCCUACGCAAUGUGUGCGCGCGCUGUAUUUAGAGGGGAGAUCGGGCCAAUGCGUAGGCUUGUCUCUUGUUCGCUGUGGCUUAGCCACUAACUCUAUCAGAGAGGCAGAGAGGGAGAGAGGGACAGUUUUGAGUUCGUUGAAAGAGAGAUACAGAGACAGAGAGAAAGACAAAUAAAGUUAGAAGCUAUCGAGCGAUCGUUUGUUCCAUUGAUAAUAUGCUGAUGCCAAGCGCUGAUGACCAAAAAUGAUGAUAAUGAUGUUUGAGACGCGUUCGUUACAUCUUCAGUUAGAGGCCAGCGCCUAAAUUGCGAAUUGAUUGUGUGUGUUCCGCAUACCCCUUACUACUCACUGGCGUUGGAGAGACAGACAGAGAGAGAAGAAGAGAGCAGCUAACGCAGCAAAUCGUCGCGGCCACAACGUUCCACGUCUCAGAGGCGCCCAAACGUAUUUCUUAUUUUUACAGUUCGUUUGUUUAAAAGACAGUGGAAGCGAUGCCUGCCACCGCCCCCGGUUCGGUUGACUGACUGGUUGCGCUGCUCUGCCGCCUACUGUCCACUUGCUCACUGCCACGACUCCGGUCUCUCUACCCACAAAACCCGCCUGCGGCCCCGGCAGUGCAAAUGUGUGUGUUCUGGCCUUUUGGUGCUCUAUGGCUACCGGCAGCUGUUUUGAUAACAAACCACAAAAAAAAAAAUACGAAAAACUAAACAAAUGUAUAACACAAAAACAAAUGUAUAAACAAAAACGGAUGUAGCAUCUAAUCAUUUUACACAAAAUCCCAAUAUGGUCAUUCGCUCUAACUGACAUUCUUGCCUGUGGUGGUGUUCGCUACCUCUGGUUGCUGGUCUGAUCUGAACUGGUCUGGUCUGGUCUGGUCUGACGACAAAUGAUUCGAUUCGAUGUUGAGACGUGAAGCCCGCGCCCCGCCCUCUCUAUAACUCGCGAACAGCUCUUUCGAUGUGUGAGGUCUUGCGUGUUGCGCUCCAGCCUGACGGGUUGAUCCCCAUUGGCCGACCACUUAACUCUACUAGGCAGACAGACAAAACUCCUCUCGGUGUUGUGCGAUUGCGAUUAAAGCGAUGUGUGUACUCUCUCUGAAAGCGCAUUAAGAUCUGAAGGACUACAUGCGUCAGGCGGGCGAAGUCACCUAUGCUGAUGCACACAAGCAGCGUCGCAAUGAAGGUGUGGUCGAGUUUGCUUCUUUGUCGGACAUGAAGACCGCCAUUGAGAAGCUUGAUGAUACAGAGCUCAAUGGGCGCCGUAUUCAUUUGGUAGAGGAUCGUCGUGGUGGACGCAGCGGCGUGGAUCGCCAAGGAGGUGGUGGUGGCGGCGGCGGACGUGGUCGCUCCCGUUCAUCCAGCUCGCGUUCGCGCUCUCGCUCACGCAGGCGUUCACGCUCUCGUCGUUCGACGCACUCACGUUCCAAGUCUCGCAGCCGCUCCAAGUCUCGCGGUGGACGCUCCAAGUCCAAGUCUCCAGUCAAGUCGCGCUCACGCUCACGCGAUCGUGAUUCACGCUCAAACAAAUCCCGUGACGUAUCCAAGUCAAAGUCAAAGUCACGCUCCCGCUCUCGUUCUCGUUCCGUUAAGCGCGAGCGUGAAUCCCACUCACGCUCACGCUCUAUCUCAAAGCGCGAGUCACGCUCUCGUUCUCGCUCCAAAUCCAACCGACGCGAUUCGCGUUCACGCGAUCGUGAUCGUUCCGCCUCUGCUGACAACAAAUCUCGUUCUCGCUCCCCACGUUCUCGCUCUGCAUCUCCUAAGAAUGGAAAUGCAUCACCGGAGCGCAACAAUGAAAGCAUGGACGAUUAGAUUAGUUCACAUUAAUUAUAUAAAAAUUGAUUUAGAUUUCGACUACUUUAUUCUAGAAACCCCCCAAUUAUACAGACAAAUCACCAAAAUCACAUUAAACAAAACACACAAAACAAAAGCAAAACUAAGUCCACACUCUAUCAACGCAUUGUAAACAUUUUUUUAAUAUUUAAAAAUUAUGUUUAAUAACACAAACACACACUCGGCGUGCAUGAUUGCAGCAAUAUAUUAACUUUUAAUGAAUAUUGCUAAACACUGGAGACGCAGACAAAUGUAAUACAAAUGAAAUCAUUGCCCCUAUCUACCAGCUGUUUAUAAACCCAAAUCAAUCACAAAAAUAUUUCAAUAAAAAAUGGAUAAUUUGAUAGAUGUAAA